UGGGAUGAGCAAUCCGAGUUCCCGGAUGAGGGAACAUUCUGCAGUAUAAAGGGAGCGGGGAAGGCGGGAGACAGCGCAGUUUGAAUCGCGGUGCGACGAAGGAGUAGGCGGCAGGUUCUCGCUAGGUGUUUGACUAGUCCUCUCUCUGCCUUGCUUGUUUGAGCUUCAGCAGAAUUUGAAAUGGCUGGCGGUAAGGCUGGGAAGGACUCCGGAAAGGCCAAGACAAAGGCGGUUUCCCGCUCGCAGAGAGCCGGUUUGCAGUUCCCGGUGGGCCGUAUUCAUCGACACCUGAAAUCUAGGACGACCAGCCAUGGACGUGUGGGCGCGACUGCCGCUGUGUACAGCGCAGCCAUCCUGGAGUACCUCACCGCAGAGGUACUUGAAUUGGCAGGAAAUGCAUCAAAAGACUUGAAGGUAAAACGUAUUACCCCUCGUCACUUGCAACUUGCUAUUCGUGGAGAUGAAGAAUUGGACUCUCUCAUCAAGGCUACAAUUGCUGGUGGUGGUGUCAUUCCACACAUCCACAAAUCUCUGAUUGGGAAGAAAGGACAACAGAAGACUGUCUAAAGGAUGCCUGGAUUCCUUAUUAUCUCAGGACUCUAAAUACUCUAACAGCUGUCCAGUGUUGGUGAUUCCAGUGGACUGUAUCUCUGUGAAAAACACAAUUUUGCCUUUUUGUAAUUCUAUUUGAGCAAGUUGGAAGUUUAAUUAGCUUUCCAACCAACCAAAUUUCUGCAUUCGAGUCUUAACCAUAUUUAAGUGUUACUGUGGCUUCAAAGAAGCUAUUGAUUCUGAAGUAGUGGGUUUUGAUUGAGUUGACUGUUUUUAAAAAACUGUUUGGAUUUUAAUUGUGAUGCAGAAGUUAUAGUAACAAACAUUUGGUUUUGUACAGACAUUAUUUCCACUCCGGUGGAUA